AUGGGAGAGAUAGAAGGAACAUACCGAACCCUACAGACCCCAGGGGCACGCCUUGGAGCCCAGCCCCUCGCAGGAGUGAGCACCCUGGAGCCCGGGCAGGCUCCUUCGGCAGGGAUGACGCGGAUGGCAGCUAGAAUGCAAGAGAAGUGUUUUCCUCUCCGGGUAAAGCUGCUGGACAACUCUGUGGAAAUGUUCGACGUUGAGCCUAAAUGUGAUGGCCAAGUUUUACUGACACAAGUGUGGAGGCGUUUGAAUCUGAUAGAAUGUGACUACUUCGGAUUGGAGUUUCAAAACAUCCCAUCCUACUGGAUUUGGCUUGAACCUAUGAAACCCAUCAGUAGGCAAGUACGAAGGCCAAAGAAUGCAAUGCUUCGCCUAGCAGUAAAAUUUUUUCCACCUGAUCCGGGUCAGUUGCAGGAGGAAUACACACGAUACUUGUUUGCCUUGCAACUUAAGAGAGACCUGUUGGAAGAGCGUCUGACCUGCACAGACACCACAGCGGCCCUCCUCACGUCCCAUCUUCUGCAAUCGGAAAUAGGAGAUUAUGAUGAAACCCUGGAUCGCGAGCACCUCAAAGUCAACAAGUACCUGCCCCAUCAAGAGUGUUCUCUAGAGAAGAUACUAGAAUUUCAUCGGAAGCACAUGGGCCAGACGCCGGCCGAGUCAGAUUUCCAGGUGCUCGAGGUCGCACGGAAGUUGGAAAUGUAUGGCAUCAGGUUUCACAAGGCUUCCGACAGGGAAGGAGCCAAGAUUAACCUGGCUGUGUCCCACAUGGGCGUCCUCGUGUUCCAGUGCACCACCAAAAUCAACACCUUCAACUGGUCCCGAGUCCGGAAACUCAGCUUCAAGAGGAAAAGGUUCCUUAUCAAACUCCACCCAGAAGUUCAUGGACCUUACCAGGACACACUGGAGUUCUUGUUGGGUAGCAGAGAUGAAUGUAAAAACUUCUGGAAGAUAUGUGUGGAGUAUCACACCUUCUUUAGACUCUUUGAUCAACCGAAGCCAAAGGCUAAGGCCGUCCUCUUCAGCAGGGGCUCCUCCUUCAGAUACAGUGGAAGAACUCAGAAACAACUAGUAGAUUAUGUCAAAGACGGUGUGAUGACAAGAACUUCAUAUGAAAGAAGACACAGCAGGACGCGGAUGCCGGGCCGCGCUCUGAGUACAGAAUUGCCAAAGCAGAGCAUCUCCUUCACUGAGGGCAUGAGGACUUCUGCAUCCCCAUCAACACAUGCCUCCUUCUAUUCAGUCCCUACCUCCCCAGUUGCCCUUCCUGGCCAGCCCAAUAUCAAGGACAGCAUCAUCUCCCUGACGGAGCCCCAGGCUCCCCACACCAAGAGGCCGGCUGCAGAGAGGGGCUGCGAAGCCAUGGAAGGACCCGACAUGAGACAGGCCCAGCCCCCAGGGCCCGCUGCGCUCCAGCCUUGUCAAGGCCUUCCCAAGGACAGUCCUCAGCCUUCUCCCUCCACCCGGAAGAGCCCACUGAGCCUGAGCCCUGUGUUUCAGGUGACACUGGGCCCAGCCGAGCGGGGCUCAUCCCCACUCCUGAGCCCUGUCCUUAGCGACGCUGGCGGAACCAGGAUGGACGAGGAGGAGGAGCCGAAACACAAGGGCCCGGGCGCCGACGAGGCCUACUUCAUAGCGAAGGAGAUUCUCGCCACGGAACGCACGUACCUGAAGGACUUAGAGGUUAUCACUGUGUGGUUCCGCAGCGCCGUGGUCAAGGAGGACGCCAUGCCUGCAGACCUGAUGACGCUGCUCUUCUCCAACAUCGACCCCAUCUACGAGUUCCACAGGGGCUUCCUGUGUGAGGUGGAGCAGAGGCUGGCACUCUGGGAUGGACCUUCCGGUGCCCAGGCCGCAGGCAGCCACCAGCGAAUCGGGGACGUCCUGCUCCGGAACAUGCACCAGCUAAAGCAGUUCACCGGCUGCUUCCAACGGCACGACGAGGUGCUGACAGAACUGGAAAAGGCCACCAAACGCUCCAGGAAGCUGGAGACCGUGUACAGAGAGUUCGAGCUCCAGAAAGUCUGCUACUUGCCUCUCAACACGUUCUUGCUGAAGCCCAUCCAGCGACUGGUGCACUACCGCCUGCUGCUGCAGCGGCUGUGCGGGCACUACGCGCCUGGGCACCACGACUACGCCGACUGCCGCGAUGCCCUCCAGGCCGUCACGGAAGUGACCUCCAUACUACAGCACAGCCUCGUCCGCCUGGAGAACCUCCAGAAGCUGACGGAGCUGCAGCGGGACUUGGUUGGCAUAGAGAACCUCAUCGCUCCAGGCAGGGAGUUCAUCCGUGAGGGCUGCCUUCACAAGCUCACCAGGAAGGGCCUGCAGCAGAGAAUGUUCUUUCUGUUCUCAGAUAUGUUGCUGUACACAAGCAGAGGAGUCUCGGGAACCAGCCACUUCCGGAUCCGGGGCCUCCUCCCGCUUCAUGGCAUGCUGGUAGAAGAAAGCAAGAGUGAGUGGUCCGUUCCACACUGUUUUACUAUUUAUGCAGCUCAAAAAACAAUCGUGGUGGCAGCCAGCACUCGGCUGGAAAAGGAGAAGUGGAUGCAUGACCUGAACAAUGCCAUUGAAGCGGCGAAGAGCAGUGGCAACACAACUCUGGCUCUGCCAGGCAGCUCAGUGUGCAUUCCUCCCCGCAGACCCUCUGAUGAAGUCUCUGUGGAGCAGGAGUCAGAAGAUGAUGCACAUGGUGCCCACAGCUCCUCGGAGGGGCAGGGCCAGCACCGGGCCAACACCACGGUGCACGUGUGCUGGUACCGGAACACCAGUGUCUCCAGAGCCGACCACAGCGCAGCCGUUGAGAAUCAGCUUUCAGGGUAUCUGCUAAGAAAGUUCAAAAACAGUAAUGGCUGGCAGAAGCUCUGGGUGGUCUUCACCAAUUUCUGCUUGUUCUUCUACAAAACACAUCAGGAUGACUAUCCCCUGGCCAGCCUCCCCCUGCUGGGCUACAGUGUGAGCGUCCCCAGGGAGGCUGAUGGCAUCCACAAGGAGCAUGUCUUCAAGCUGCAGUUCAAAUCUCACGUUUACUUCUUCCGGGCCGAGAGCAAGUACACGUUUGGGAGGUGGAUGGAGGUGAUUGAGAGAGCCAGCAGCUCGCCCGGAAAGGCUGGGGGCCCUGAGGAGGCAUGA